AUGUCCAAGGAAUCCAAGGACGCAAAGGAACGUCACGCGCCGCACGACAUUGCCACGCGCGUGCAGGCGCUGACGCUCAAGGUCAAUGGCUUCUCCGACAAAGAGAUCCUGGAGCAGACGGGCGUUGCGAGUCGGACCAUCCGGCACAUCUACAGCAGAGCCCGCAAGCGCGGCUUCGAUCCAGAUGUCAGCAAGAAGAUCGAGCUGAAGCACAUCGAGGAUGGCAAGCGCACCGGCCGCCCGCGCAAGGAUGCAACCGCUACACCGAAGAAGCCCGAUGCCCAGCAGUCGGACCAGCAGCAGGAGCCGCCGCAAGGUCCGCCGUCAGCUUCGCUCGAGGGCCAGCAGCCGCUCCCGCAGCUGUCGCCGCCCCACGAGCAGCCGGACCAGCAGCCGCAGCAGCAACCACAGCAGCAGCAACAUCAGCCCCAGCAGCAGCCAAAGUAUGCGCCUCCGCCUCCGCCUCAGCACAGUCCUCUCUACGUUCAACAUCAGUUAAUGUCUUUCGCCGCGCCCAGUGAGCACGAGACUGGCGAGCCGCCGCAGGACGUGGACAUGCAGGAAGCAGACCUGGCCUCGCGCCUGCGUGAGGAGCUGACCCAGCCCGACAGCAUCCCCAUGGACCCGGCUGUUGUGGGUGAUUCAGCAGGGCGCAAUGAGGCCAUGAGCGUUUACCCGCCGCCGCCUCCCGCGCCUGUUCCCUGA